AGCUCCCUUCCGGGGCCUCCGGCCGCCACCCCGUCUUGGCCGGCGCCGCCCGCGGCUCACAUGGCCGACAUCUUCUCCACGCCGGCCCCGUCUACGCAGAUAUCGCAAAGCCUGGACAACGUCGAGGACGUCUACUACCAGCUCGCCGGUGCCUCCUCAGACGCAGACCCGUGGCUGCUUCGGCACUGCCGGUUUGACGAUUUCGGCUCCCUUCGCCUCUUCAGGGUCCAGAUCCGAAACGCAGGCGGAGUGCCCACGCGGGAUAAGAUUCCGGCUCACUUCCUCGUCGGUGACAGAGACGUAUAUGAUUCUGCCAGACUCGAGGCCGGUGUUGCACAUGAUGGCGACUUGCGCGAGGAGCUCGCUAGCUUGGUACCGCCGGAUAUUGGACUGAGAAUCUUGCGUCUCUUCAUGAAGCAUGUCUUUCCUCUGCUUCCCAUUAUAUCGCGGAGUAGGCUGGGGCUUGACAAGUUGGAUGACGCAGCACCGGCACAAAUUCUAAAUAGAAUUUCUACUCCCCUCCUGGCCGCCAUCUAUGGAUCAGCACUACCAUUCGCUUCGGAAGACAGCUACGUCUUCCUCGCUACUUCUCACAGCAAGGCUCCCCUCGCACAGAUCUGGAGCAUUGUUCACAAGAGCGUCGUGCGGGGCAUCCACUCGCCUCGGUUAUAUCUUGUCCAGGCCGCCCUUCUUUAUAUCCACAGACCAGUCCAAGAGGAACAUAGCUACGCAAUCACCGAUGCAGCAUCCAUGUGGUCUAUCAUCGGUCUGACCGUGGGCAUGGCCCAUUCCCUCGGGCUCAAUCUCGAGUGUCGCUCCUUCGGGAUGCCAGACGAAGAGAAAAGGGUUCGGCGGAGAGUAUGGUGGGCUCUGUACUGUGAGGACAAGUGGGCGUCUCUGCUCUUCGGCCGCCCGCCAUACAUCCGCUCCUCCGAGUGGGACGUCUCUGAGCUAGAAGAUGCCGACUUCUAUAGCACGUUCCUCCCGGAUCAUGGUACAGUUGAUCUACAACAACCCUUCCGCGAAAUGGCCCGCCUUGCGGUCAUUGCUGAAUCCGUUCAAGAUAAACUGUACUCCUUGAGGGCAAGCCAGCGUCUUGCGGUGGACCUCUCCGCCUCUCUUGCAGUAGCCAAACCGCUACUCGACACCCUCGGCGGUUGGCGGGCCUCAUUGCCCACUAACAGCAGUCAGACUGCCCAACACGGAGAUACGAGUCAGUCACAAACACAUCUUCCGGCCACGAUACAUAACGCAUAUUGGAUCCUUCUCGUCUACGUCUGGCGCGCCCUGCUGCGCGCAACGGUUCGCUCCUCAGACCCGCCUGUGGUCAUACAUAUGCAAGAGCCUUCUGAUUCGGGCUACCUUGCGGAGGACAUGCAUUGGAGAUUCGACUACUUGCCCGAGAUGGAUGUUAGGGUGGAGGAGGACGCGAAUGACAACAGCCAUAUUGUAAGGGAGCUCCACGAAGCGGCAUUGACAUGUGCGUCAAACGUUCUUGACUUUCUCUCUGGACUCGACUACUCGGCAUUUAACGGGUUCUGGCACUCAUGGUCCCGAAAAGGCUUCGCUUCAAUCUCAAGCUUCUUGUUGUCACUCCUCAUCCAGGCCCCGGACUUUCCGAAGGCGAUCAAGGCGAAAGCUCUGCUCGACAAAUGGCAGCAGCUCCUACGCCAACGACACAAGUCUUUUCCAUUCUUCUCGCAGGGCAAAGUUCGACUAGACUCGUUGAGCUGGAGUGGGCUGGGAGGGGCGUUCAACUUGGCAACGCAUGUGCAGCAGGCUCUUCAGCACACUGGCUAACUUGAACUACAACGACUCUCUGCUAAACUUCCUGGGCCCGCGUCGGCCUUACAUCUCUUUCUAUCACCGGCUACCCGUGGGUAUCUUGUUAGCGUAGCCAUACACAACCACACUGGAAUGCGAGUGUUUGUAUGCGUCAUCGAUUCAUGUUCUGCAUUCGGCAUAGUAAGGUCGGUGUGUUCUGAAUUAGAAGAAGGAGC